AUCGCUCAGUCGAUGACCGAAGGGAAGGAAAAUCGCUAGACAGCCAUAUUAUGUAGAAGCAGACCGUGACUUUAGACAUCAAAUGUCUUCUAUUCGUCGGAUCUUGUUCUCGCGAUAUUAUUAUUAUGUCUCGCCGUAUUAAUACAUUCUCGUGUCGACGAUAAAGUGCGCACAAUUCGUGUGUAAGAAGUGUCAAUCGUCUCUCAAAUUUCGUGUCGCCAAAAAUUUGUGUGUAUGUGUGUGGUUUUUUCUCUCUCUCCGCGAUACCGAAAAUAUAUACAAAUUUAUCUCCUCUCUCGCGUGAUUUAACUGGGAGAUCUCGCGUGCGAGUUAAUUUUAUCGUCAGCGCAGUUGUGUAACGCGCCGAAAAAAACAAAAAUAAAUAAAUAAAUAAAUAAAAGAGAGAAAAAGCAUGUCUCUUUCGCUCGGAGGUUACGAAGAAUCGCGACGAUGAUUUGACGACGAAAAUGAGCAGGAUUAUCUGUGCCGCGGCGCGUAUUUCCAUAUAAAGGUGGAAGUGAGAAGAAAACUGAGAGGAGAGAGAGAGAAAGAGAGACGCGAGUAGAGAAAGAGAGAGAGAGAGAGAGAGCGAGAAAGGAAGAGAGAUGUGUCGGUGGAUAAAUUACUACAAUUUGCUUAAUAGCUAAUAGACUCAAAAUUACUGGUAUGCUUUUACGAUUCGUUCACGAUGUUCGUAUAUACGACGAUACUGCCUCUCUUCUUCUUAGGGUUAUUCGGAACUAUAUUUGGGAAAACUAUUAUUAAAGGUUCGACCUUCUGCGAAUUUUACAAUGAAACAAUGUGUGCGGAAUCCCAACAGGAGUGUUCAGGGAGAGAAGAAUGUGUUGUGCAUGAUCCAGAUAAACGUAACCAUUGUUACGUACUCUGGUCGGUCAACAAUGUUACUAAAAAGACAGUAAUUAAAUUGAAGGGUUGCUUUUUGGAUAGCAAUGAUUGUUAUAACAAGACGAAUUGCAUAGAGGAGCAUCGAGAACGAAAGAAUGAUUUAUUUUUUUGUUGUUGCGAUAGUGAUAUGUGCAACCAAAACUUUUCUUGGAAUCCACAUCCGACUACAUCCUCAAAACCUACACAACCAUCUGUUAAUGAAUCUGAUGAUAUAUGCAAUACAGAGAAGCAAGCAAUAACACUCACAUUAUUGAUACUAAUCCCUAUGCUUCUUACAUUCGGUUCACUUUCUUUGUGGUGGUUCUGCCGUCGUCGAAGAUUGACGUACUUUAACGAGGUGCCAACUUUGGAACCACUUCCGUUGCCACAAUCGUCACCUAAUUUAAGUUUACGUCCGAUACAGCUUCUUGAGAUUAAAGCUCGAGGACGUUUCGGAGCAGUUUGGAAAGCUCAAUUGAAAAAUGAGAUUGUAGCAGUUAAAGUUUUUCCUAUUCAAGACAAGCAGUCUUGGCAGACUGAACAAGAGAUUUUUAAGCUUGAACAUAUGGAUCACGAGGACAUACUACAUUUUAUAGGUGUCGAAAAGCGCGGAGACAAUUUACAAGCUGAGUUUUGGUUAAUCACAGCAUAUCAUGAGAAAGGUUCACUGUGUGAUUACCUGAAAGCAAAUGUUGUAUCAUGGUCUGAGAUGUGUAAAAUUGCAGAAUCCAUGGCAAGAGGUUUGAUGCAUUUACACGAAGAAAUCCCGGCUAACAAAGCGGAUGAUUACAAACCAGCUGUAGCUCAUAGAGAUUUUAAGUCAAAAAAUGUUUUACUGAAGGCUGACAUGAGUGCCUGCAUAGCGGACUUUGGCUUGGCGCUUAUUUUUCUCCCAGGAAAACCUUGUGGCGAUACACAUGGACAGGUUGGAACACGAAGAUAUAUGGCACCAGAAGUUUUAGAAGGGGCAAUAAAUUUUACUAGAGAUUCAUUUCUACGGAUUGAUAUGUAUGCUUGUGGGCUAGUGCUUUGGGAAUUAGCUUCAAGAUGUACCGUACAAGAUGGACCAAUAGGAGAAUAUCGACUACCAUUUGAGGACGAAGUCGGCCUUCAUCCUACUCUAGAAGAUAUGCAAGAAAGCGUUGUUCAUAAAAAAAGACCGAUCAUUUUAGAAACUUGGCAUAAACAUCCAGGACUUUUAUCAAUUUGUGAUACAAUGGAAGAAUGUUGGGAUCACGAUGCCGAAGCACGCCUUUCCGCUUCGUGCGUAGUAGAACGAGUUGCUACUCUCAGUAGGACUCUUGUAUUAAAUUCAUCUCCUUUGAUUCGAGUUGAUAAUACCAACGAGAUUAUUACUACCAAGGAGUCUAGCAUGUAGUUAGCGCGUCUAUACAUUAUUAUUAUUAUAGUUUUAAUUCAAUGACACAACCACCAAGUUUUGUAUCAUAAUUUUGUUAUACAGUGGAUAAAAUAAAUAUCUGCACGCUCCGUUUUCUCGGAAUAAACGCGUUACUUGCAAAAUUAUUGCCAAAAUUUUGUUUGUUGGAUAUAUACAGAUAAUAUAUAUAUCCAAUAUUGUUACUAUAUAUAAAUAUUGUUAAUAUAUAUUAAAUAUUCUAUAUUUAUUUUGAAUAUCGGGCUAGGCCUUCCUGAGAUCUGAAUAGAUAAGCAGUAUCUCGGUUAAGUAUCUUCUCAUUUGAAAAUAGGCAGAUUUGAACUAAGGGACUGUCAAUCGGAGAAGCACAAUGAUUAUUAUUAUUAUUUUACUAAAGUUUAUAGAAUAUUUUACGAAUUUGUUUUAAUAUGUCAAGAAAAAUUAUCUUGCAAACUAUUGACUUUUUAAUGAAUUCUUUAAUUUUUUAUUGUUUCGAAUAAAGCUUUAUCUAAUAAAAUAGUUUACAAGAGUAUUUCUCUUUUAUAAUAAAUUAUGCCAGAAAUCUGGAGCGUGCAAAUACUUUUUUAACUAUUGUUCAUAUCAAUGAGGAAUGUUAAAUAAUAGUAAAAGAAAAAGACAAGCAUAUAUAUAUAUA